CAGGUUUCUCUCUGGUUCCAGUUCGAUUUUCGUGCAAUCUGGUGUGAAAAAGCAAAAAUAAGUACUGCUGUUGAAGAUACUCGGACGACUCGGACAGACUCCAACUUGAAUCUUUCCAAAAAGAAAAACGUUUUGACAUUUUGAUACAAGGAAAUAGCUGUCGUAUAGUGAAAUGAGAACAGAUUUGUAAAUUCUCUUUGCAAAGGCAGAUCUAUCGACCAUAAUUAAAUAUCACUAAUCAAUCCUCGUAGUUUACAAAAGCUCGAUCAAAUUUAUUCAAAUGGUUGUGAAGCACGUGUGCGCAAGCUAGCUUAUAUUUGUUGAUGUGACUGACACUUUUAAAAAAAAUUGUAUGUACUUACGUGUAUCGAGAAUAGUUGAUACUAUAUUAUGUCAACAUGGAAUUGGCAAAGGAAAUUAUCGACGGCCUGGCAAAUAUCCAAAAUAGUAACGUUUUACCCGAAGAAACGUUUCUACAGUUACUAGAUGUUAUAAUAUUAUAUGUCUCUAAGAAUGUCAGCAAUGGAAAAACAGCCAUCACUGCUGUAUAUCCAUCCAAGUCAGAUCUGAUAAAAGCUGCUUUCGCCAAUAUAUCCUGCCUCUUCAUAGAAGCUGCUCGACACGACUACGACGAGGAGAGCCUGAAGCAUUUCUUACACAAUGAACAUAUCAACGGACAAAGAAUUGAAACGCUAUGCAGCAGGUAUAUGAGCAAUAAAGAAAGUAUCCAGACUCAGUUGGAAUUGACGGGGAACAACUUACCGCAUGUAGUGGACGUAGACUGGCGCUUGCAUCAUUGCGUCAAGAUUAGCACUCGUAUUACCAACGUACCGGUUUAUAACAUACGAAUCAGUACAAAGGAGGGUAAUCAGUUGAGAUAUGUAAUAUUUACAUGUACCAUACAACAGUUGCAGGAGCUGGUGUACAAGUUGAAGGAUGCCGUGAGACACAUCGAAAAAAUAUCUAAUAUAUAAAUAUGUGUAUAAUGAAUGAUUUUAUAAUGUGCCAUUUAGAGAUAUAUUCGUCAGCUUUACUUUGAUAAUGGAUUGUAUAUAUAUAUAUAUGUAUGAAGGAUAAUGUUCUAUAUUAAUAAUACAGCUUCGUGUAGGUGCAGUCAAUUAUAUUUUUGCAUUAGUGAAGAGAAUAAUCUUCUAAUUCCAUGUAGAAUUAUUCUUACUUUUAUAUAUUCAUACGUGUAUAUGCGUACGCACACACACAUAUAUAAAAACUGAUUAAAAAUACAAUAUAUUUUCUAUUCUGCAGCCCAGUGUUUAUCUAAAAAUUUGCUCUCGUGUCCCGACGGACAGAUACAUGCGUGUGGUUAUAUCCUUUUUUUUUUAAUUAAAUAUAGAAUUAUAUUAAUAAUUCUUUCUCUAUUACUAUGUAAUAUGUAUCUUAUAAUCGUCGUACGCUAUUUACAAAUAAAAUUAGCAUAUCUGAGAGAAA